AUGAAAACAAUUACCAUAAUAACUGAGGAAUAUCAUUUAUAUGUUACCCAUCUUCUUUCACAACCUGACAUUAUUGAUGAAUCGAUUCUUUCAUUAGAAUUCGAUGAUGAAGUUGUUGUGGAUGCGGGAGCUGACUUAGGAGUUAAUGAAACUAUUGUGGAUGAUGACAUGGCUGAAGUAGGAGUUAAUGAAGAUGUUAUGCACGAGGGAUUUAACUUAGGAGUUAAUAAAAUGCUGUGGAUGAAGGAGAUGACUUAG